UUUAAUUAAUUAGUGUUAGUUAUUUGUUUAGGUCGUCUUUAUAGUCAUGAUAACUGUGAAUGACAAACUUCCUUAUGGACUAUACAAUGGAGAAAAGCAAAAUACAAAUGCUACAUGAUGCCUGCAAUUAUAUUUUUUCCCAGAAGGAGCUUCCAACUUUCCAACAAAUUCAACGGCUGAGAAACAUCUUAAAUAUAUUUGAAGCUGUUGAUGUUGGUAUAGAUGAAUUUAACGUGGAUGGAUCUCCAAGUUCAAGCCCGAAGAUCACCAAUGGAUUGAUUCCUGGGCAAGGAGUUUCUGAGAUAACUUACAUUCACAUUUAUGAAUGUGACAAUUUCUCGAUAGGAAUUUUUUGCUUCCCGGCUGGCAGGACAUUUCCUCUUCAUGAUCACACUGGGAUGACGGUUCUAAGCAAACUUCUUUAUGGCUCAGUUUAUGUCAAGGCCUACGAUUGGGUGUGGGAGGAGAACUCUAGCCCCAGAACAAAUGGACUAGCAGGCACUGUAAUAGAUGGCAUCUUCAAUGCACCUUGUGAACCAUUCGUCCUCUUCCCAAGGAGUGGUGGAAACAUCCAUUCUUUCACUGCCUUGACUCCUUGUGCUAUCUUGGAUGUGUUAUCCCCGCCAUACAAUGAUGACUUUGGAAGGCCUUGCACUUACUUCUUCGAUUUCCUUAUCCCUUCUCUUCCUGGUUAUGCUCUGCUUGAGGAAAGAGAACUAAAACUACCAUAUGACUUAGUUGUUAAUGGGGCACCCUACCUUGGUCCUCCACUUGAUGUUGCAGAAGAUCUUUGCUAAUUUGAGCUAGAAGACAUCCCUAUCAAAAGAAUGAAGGCCUUUUUACUUUCCUGCCUUUUUAUUUGGUAUUGUAAAGAAGGUAGACACUUGGU